GCAUAUAAAUACUUAGUUAAAGUUAAUUUUAAAAUAUAAAAACGUAAAUGGUUCUAAAAAAAAAUCAAACCCAAAUACCAAAAAAAAUAAAAAUAAAAAAACGCUCAAAGAUGACUUACCAGUCAAGCUUGAGAAACCAAAACCCUAGCAAUUCAAAUAAUCUCAGGUUUCCAAAGCUCACAUUUCAACAUCAACGAAUUCGUAUAGAGCAAUGUCUACUGUUUCACCAGCAUCGACGACAAAUGAUGAUAUUGCAAAUGGAUUUCAAAAUUUGGGGAUCUCAAUUUCAAAUGUUAACGACGUGCAGAUCACUUGCUUCUCUGACGUCUUCAAUGACGCUAACCUUCAUUUUCAAAUCAUUCGUCUUCCCAAACAGAUAUAUGCAUGGAUUGGUUGUGACUCUGCCAAAUUUGGUCAUUUAUAUGCUGCUGCACCUACAAGACCAAACAACACAGUCAGUGUAAGCUCCCUUCUUGGUGGUAACUCUGACAAUACAGGAUCUGGCAUUGCUCGUAGAAUAGUUAUUAAGACUGGAGUUCCUUUAACAUUGGCUUGCAACAUUCCAAAAGAUAGUCCCAUGCUUGAGGCUGCAGCUGAAAAGAAGCUAAAAAAGUGAUGAAUCAAUCUACUGUUUGAGAGCGUGAAGUGGGAUCUAAACAUCAAUCAUGAGGUGCUAUAUAACCAUUGGAUAUAAAAACCCUAAUUUGUUGGAUUUCACUUUUAAGUAGAAAUUUGGUGUGCAUUGAAGUGGGAUCUAUAUACGGAAAUUGAAUUUUUUGUCACCUAAAGAGAUGUACACAAGCCUAUCAAACUAUAUUCAUAUCUUUUUCAUAUUGCAUAAUAUUUUAAUAUAAGACUAUUUGUAAUUUUGUAUUAAAUAAUUAAUAGUUACAUGAAAACGUAGC